AAUGGAAUUCCAGUUAUGAUGGUUGAUUUGGAUGAGAGUAAGCCUUCAGAUUUUGAAAGAAGAAGCCCCCUUGGCACUGUGCCAUUAUUGCAAGAUGGUGACCAUAAUAUUUAUGGGAGCCAAGCUAUAGUCUAUUACUUGGCAGAGAAAUACACAAACUAUGCAGGUUUUGGAAAAGACAAUGAAAGACUACUGAUAGAGUCGGUCAUUAACUGGGCUGCCACUACAUUACUGAGGGAUGUUGGAAACAAUUAUGUCUUCCCAAGCUUAAACUGGCCAGAAGUUGCCUUGGCCAAGGGAAAAAACUCAUCUCUAGUAGAAUUUGGCAAGAAUGAGGUGAUCUUUCACCUGGAUGUCUUAGAAAAACACUAUUUGUCUCACCAUGAGUUCCUUUGUGGUGACUCAUCCACCAUUGCAGAUUGCUGGGUUGCUGUAGUCCUCUCUUUGUUGGAGCUGGUGAGUUUUGACGUAACACCCUGGCCAAGGCUGAGGUCAUGGAUGUGCAGUAUGAAGUCCAAUGGUGAUUAUGUGGAUGUCAGUUAUAAUCACGAAGAAAUGGUUCGGAAGAGUUUGUAUAGUUUGAAUGGCAGUGCCUCAGAUCUGAAGACCGUGGGUGAUGGGAAUCUCACCUAAUUGCUUGAACAUAUUUCUCUACAAACAGCUUAAAGCAUACUUCAUUUAUUAGGAACUUAUUUAUUGCCUCAAAGAUUGUUUCAUUAAUGUAAAUAUAAACUACUAGCAGUCUGCUGUUAUCUUGACAAAAAAGGGAGAAACAUCCUCCUGUGGUAAAAAGAUUUGUAACAAGAGAUCGGGACAGGAUGCAGACAGGAUAGGGUGCGUUUGAACGUGGUCCCUUCUUGCCAUACCUUGUUAUUCAUUUCCUUGCUCUUUACACUCCUUGAACUGCAGAGAGAUCCUGGCUAAUUUCAUGUUUAGUGGGUAAUAUUCUUUUUUUGUUUUCUGAUAGAGGGGUUUGAUUUCUUACACCCAGUUAAAGACUUUGAACUCACAUUUUUUUAAUCUUGCAUGAAAAUUCUAUCUUUUUUGCGGAAUAUUUUUACGGUAUAUUUUUACGGUGUGAACUCAGUGAAGGGGCACUGCUUUGAGCGACGACCAGAGAUUAAUAAUACUCUGAAAGAGUUCGGCCCCUGUCACUAAAACUACGAGAUGAAAGUUGCCCAAAGGAACCUUAAUUGUGCUUUUUCGCGUAGUCCUAUGUUCCACUUGGGUUUUUUUUUUUUCGAGGGAUGGGGGAAAAGGAUUUUGCUAGAUUAGUUAGUAAUAGCAUUUCUGCAUUUGAAAUGAGGGCUCAAGAAUGGUUAGAGGUGUAAGAACAAUUAUCACUUCAACAUUAUUAUAUUAUUAUUAUUAUUACUAUUAUUAUUAUUAUUAUUAUUAUUAUUAUUAUUAUACAUACUUUAUUUAAGGUAUCAAAGAAUAAAUUAGGUCCCUGGC